CUUUACUUCUCUUUCUUUCCUUUACUAUACAUAACAAUGGCUGGACCACAAUUGGAAAUCGUCAAGUUCGGUGUAUAUGUCUUUUUUCCUGUAGGUGUCAUGUUAUACUUUGGUGGACCUCAAUUCUAUGAUAAUUAUGUUAAAGGCAUCAAGUUCUGGCCUGAUUACAAUACUACUUAUCAACCACCUACAACUUCCAAAGAAGUCCGAGAAGCUCUUGAAAAAAUGAAAUCAGAUCGGGAAGAGAAAUGGAUCAAGGCAUUACAAGCAAAACAAGCUAAUCAAACUCAAAAUGAACAAUGAUAUUAUGGAGGAUGGGUCUUUCGAGUGAAAACAGUGUACAAUAGUAUAAGUGUGGUUCGUAGUACUUUUUUUUUUCUUUGAUGAUAGUUUCUGUUGAUUAUAGACGUAUAUUUGAAUAAAACUCUAGUGUUUCCCAGA